AAACCAAUUUCACAGUCGUUUUAUCUCCUGCUUGCUGCUCUACACUACAAUCUGCAUUUCUUCGAAGCAAGCAAACUUCCAAACCCUCUCACUCGUCAAGACAAACAUCUGCCGCGUUUCAGCGAACCCUCCUCCUCUCUUCCUUCUGAAUUCUCUCUCCAAUUCUCGAACUUUCAUUAUUUCUUUGAAACCUCGCAAAAUUUCACCUGUCUUUAUCUCCAUUUUUUAUAUUCUCCUCUUUUCUUCUUACGCUGCCAUUUUGUGGCAACAAAUAAACCGGAUCGUGAGUUCCCUGGUGCAUGACGAGCGCAUCGGAGUUGUUUUAUCAAAGAAGGUCGCGAGUGAGCCGAGCCAAUACCGAUCUAGGGCUCGAACCUUCUGUUUCUGACCGUAUUUUUUACCAAAAUUACAAUCGCCGCCAUCACAAUAAUCAUAAUCACCGUCAUGAUUUAGACGGCUGUGAUCCUCUUCGCAGAUCUCCUCACGUGCGGCACCCCUGCCAGCGCUUUCUCUCUGAACGUGCCUCAUCUCGACUUGAUCAAGGUACCAGUCAAUUUGUACCAAGCAACAAUAACAGCACUGAAACUCUAAGCAGCACAAGCCGGCCAAGAGUGACUGUAAAUGACAGACUUCCUGGAGCUGUGGUACUUGCAAGGGCAAGGCUUCUCGAAAGGUUAAGAGGAGUUUCACUUUCUGGAAACAGGCAAAGUGGCCGGGCUUUUCUUGGCAUCUAUAACAGGGAGUAUACGCUUGGCGAUGAAUUGAGGGUUGUUGAUGCAGGGGACUGGGGAACUGACAUUUCUACAGGGUUGUUUGCUGGAGGUUCCUCUUCCGAUGACUCAACCCUUCAAACAGAAAGACUUCACACCGUGCAGGAAUCACACAAGAAGAAACCACCUGGUCUAACCCAAGAUGCCCUUCACUGUUUGCAAUCAGAGGUAUUUAGCAGCGUAGAGAAGGGUAUCGAAGGGGGUGUAUCUCAGGUGUCAUGGGAUUGUAGUAUAUGUCUCGAGAGUUUCACAGAAGGAGAUGAACUUAUUCGGUUGCCAUGUGAGCAUAGAUUCCACUCUGCUUGCUUGGAUCCUUGGGUCCGGACAUGCGGUGACUGCCCAUAUUGUCGAAGAGAUGUAGUUGUAACUAAUGACUGAGAAUGAACAUGAAGUCCUUCUGAGAAGGUUUUAUGUUUCUUCCUCUGCGGCUUCUCUUACAUUGUAGACUCCUAGUUCAAAGUUUAUAUCUUCACCGAAUUUCAUUAAUGUUGUUUCGUCGUUGUUUGGUUUCGUGUGGUGUUCAUGUCAUACUUGGUUUCGUUGUAAAACACGAAAUUAUCUCAGCCUAGAGUCCUUAAUCCCCACUUAAUAUUUUCUGUUUGGAGUUUCGUUUAUACCAGAUUCUGAGUAAUACUCCUUGAUUUCAAAUUUCAA